AUGGACGCGACCUAUCAGAAACGACUUGACGAUGCGGAGACCGAGCUGGCAUCGAACGCUGAUACAAUGCAAAAUUUCCGCCGUAAGAUCCAACAGUUGGAAGAAUCAUUGACAAAUACCGAGACGAAGUUGGAAACGGAGAAGCGCCUACGAGAGCUUGCAGAGCAGCGCGAGACCGCGGCAGAGGCAUUCAAGAAUACAAUGAUUGAAAACCACAGUAUUGAAAUGAAAAGGCUCAACGCAGCGUUGGAUGAUAAAAAGAAGGAAUCGUGUGAAGCACACUGCAAAGUUGGGAUACUAGAGAGGAAAUUAUUCAACGAUAUCGUCAACUUCAAUCACUAUGUGGAAAAGGGGGAGCGGGACAUGGCUACGAUCAAGAACAAGCUCGAAACGGCCAACGGCCAGACGCAGCACCUCAUCGGAGUGCUACAGGGGGUGAAGGACGAGUUGGAGAAGCAGAAGCAAGGAGCAGUCGUCUUGCAGAAUCAGUUGGUCUCAGCUGGAGCAGAAGCAGAGAAGGCCAAGCAGGAUAUACAGGAGCUACAACAGUCAAAGUCGACACUAGAGUCAACGACCAAGUCUCUCACGGACGACAAGCUUGAGGCGUCAAAGAAGACUGAGGCUUUGAAAGCCGACCUCGACGCGCAGACCAUCAAAGUCGGCGAACUGACGUCGAGUUUGAACGAGGUCCGGACCUCGCGUAAUAACCUGGAGUGGAGCUUAAGAGAGUACAAAGAAAAGUUGGCAUCAAGCGAAGAGUUGACCUCGAUGCUUACGAAUCAGCUUGGCGACAUUCGUAGACAGUCCAAUGAGACAAUCCUGCUACGAGAGAAUGAAGUGGAAGCAGCAAAAAAGGCCUCACAAGCGACAGAGACGAGGCAUCAAGAGAAGAUCCGCGUACUCGAAGUAAAGGCCAACGCCCUGCGGACCACAGAAGCGAACGAAAAGCACAAGAUCAGCAUCCUUGAAACAGAUGCCAGCAAGCUGAAGGCUACAGGAACUGAGGACAAGCAGAAGAUUCACACGCUUGAGGCACAGAUCAGCACUCUCGAGACAGACGUCAGCAACCUGAAGGUCAUAGAGACUGUGGACAAGCAGAAGAUCCACACUCUCGAGGCACAGGUCAAUGACUUGCAGGCCACAAAGACCGAGGACAAGCAGACGAUCCACAAUCUAGAGGGACGGUUCAAUGCCCUGGAGGAUUCUCACACUACUACGAAGACGCGACUAUCCGAAUUUCUCAGCGAGGCAGGUCCUGGUUUCUCUAGUGCAAUCGUCGCGGGCGGAUUGGAAAGCGCGACGGUGGAGUACGAGCCGUUGCUGAUCUGUCAGAACUGGAACGGCAACGCCGAGGAGCCGGACCUCUCAACUCAAAGCACGGUCAGCCUCAUUGCUGCCGUCUUUUCGGUAUUUGACAAACCAGAGUGGGACGACCGCUACGUCGGCGCCUUGAUGAGACGACUCACGGAGUGUCUGGGUGAGGUCAGCGACGUCUACCCCCAGGUGAUGAGGUUGCUGGUCGAAAGAUGUACUGAACGCAUCACUGAGACGAUUCCUAAGGGGGAUCGGCAGCAGAUACUGGUGACACAGCUUUCUGCGGUAGCCGACGUGCUCGCCAUGCGAUGGCCGAGCCUGCAGGACCUCGCUCCGGCACCCGACAGCAUACUUGCCGAGAUGAAGGCUCACUGCUCAGAUGAUGCCCCCAAACCGUGGCGAAAUGUGACAGAGGUGGCACCACUUCUCAAUGCCGAUGAUGCAUCAGUCCAAUGGUGGACUAGCUAUCAUGCAAUUGGUCCUUCGCCUUGA